UAAUUAUAAGUUUCCUAAACUCUUAUAGAUAAACACAACACAAAUAGGAAACUUAUAACUUAAGCUAUCUUCAAGCUUAUCCAACAGAUUCUGGAUUUUUUCCUGUUAUUAGUUUUCUUGUUUCUUGGUUUAGAAGUUUUCCUUUGGUCACUGGCAUCUCUGUAAUUAACAGCAACUUUGAAAGCUUCGAAAACCUUCUAGAACUGUCAAGCGAAACCUUAACCUGUUUGUUCUGUAUUACUUAUUCUUCUUUGGGCUCACACCUUGUUUGUACCAAAAAAAAAUGGAGUUGGAAUUGUAAACCGGAAUUUUGCACAAAACCGAGUUGAGUUUUUAUCGGUUACUGCAAUAUGUUAGAGUGAGGACAAAUGUUGGGCUACGUAAAAGAUGCCAAACUACGAUUUGGAGAUUCUUUUUCGUUUUCUCCCCUUAAAUCUUUAAUAAGGAUUCCAAGAGAGUGACAUCUAAACAGAAGCAUACUCGAGAAGUGUAUAAAAGUAUAACUGCUCUCUCUUGAACGAGAAGAAACACAAGGUCAAGCAAGGAUAUGGCUUUGAUCAACAAGAUCCUUAACAUCUUUCUUCCUAUUGUCACGUUUUCGCUUCUUGUAGUGUUCAUGCCAAUUUCAAUAUUAUUCAGUCUCUUUGGCUUCAUAAGGAAUAGCAAAGAGUCCGACAAAGUCAAUGGAAAAGUCGUCAUCAUCACCGGAUCUUCCUCAGGAAUUGGUGAGGUUAGUGAGUUCUUACCCGUGUUUUCAAAGUCAAUGAUCAAAAGCUUUGGCCAAUGGUUAAAGAAAAUAAACAUUUAUAAAUUUUAUAAUUUUAUAAUUGUAAAGCACCUUGCAUAUGAGUAUGCGCGUAGAGGAGCAUUCUUGACGUUAGUAGCUCGGAGAGAGGAUCGUCUCCGACUUGUGGCUAAUCGGUGUCGGAGGCUUGGAUCACCCGACGUUGCCGUAGUACGUGGUGAUGUCUCAGUCAUUGAAGACUGUAAACGUUUUAUCGAAGAAACCAUCUCUCGUUUUGGAAGACUGGAUCACCUGGUGAACAAUGCGGGAAUUGCGGAGGCCAAGUUUUUCGAAGACUAUUUACAAAUCUCUGAUGUUCUUCCCAUUAUGAAUACUAACUUUUGGGGACCAGUUUACACGACACAUUUCGCUAUACCACAUUUAAAGAAAACCAAAGGAAAGAUAGUGGCGGUCGCGUCGCCUGCUGGAUGGUCUGGAGUGCCAAGAAUGAGUAUCUAUGCUGCAAGCAAAGCAGCUAUGAUAAACUUCUACGAGACUAUUAGAAUCGAGCUUGGUCCGGAAAUUGGUGUGACAAUCGUGUUUCCAGGUCUAGUUGAAAACGGAAAUACCAAUCCGGAUCUUUUGGCUGAGAAACAAGACUGGUCGCAAGUUGUUGCUAUCGAGUCAGCAACUGAAUGUGCCAAGGCGGUUGUCAAUGGAAUCUGCAGGGGGAAGACCUUUCUGGCAGAGCCGUCGUGGGUCCGCGUUCUCUUCUGGCUUAGUAUUCUCUGCCCUGAGCUGUUAAUCUCUAAGCCUAAAAGAAACUGACCACUUGUUUUGUAAAACAGUUAAAGAUAUUGGUCUAAUUAAAAUUUACUUGGCAUUCUGUUUUUUCGGUUCAGUUUAAUGAUCAUUUACUUUUAUUAAUUGAGAAACAUUUGGAAAGAAUAACCUUUGUUUUGUA